GGAGGGGGGCGGAGGUCGGAGGAAGUAUUUAUGUGCGUGCUUGGCAGCAGUGCACGCACACACACCCCGCCCCUGAAGACGCACACAGCCUGUCAUACACACGCCAUGGGUCUGCGGUCACCUUCCUGUCUGCUGCUGCUGCUGGUGCUGGUACCCGCCACCACUGCAGCAAGCACAUGCACUGGCACUGAUCCCUGUACGCUGGACUGCACCGACUGUUCCGCGUAUGAGAAGGCUCCUGACCCUGAAAACUGCCGCGGCUACUAUGUGUGUGAUGGUACUGGUGGUACACUCAGUUCCCUGCCCCUCCAGUGUCCCGACGGCCAGGUGUAUAACAUCACCGUUCGCGACUGUACUGAUGGAGACUCCUGUGAUGAGUGCCCUCCGCCAUGUAGUUAUGAGUGCUCAAUAUCUGUUCCUUACGCUGCUUACCCUUUCUCCUGCAACGCCUACUAUACAUGCGACCUUGGCGGCGGUAUUUCUGGAAUUGAGCAAUGCCCAGGUUCGGCAGGCCAGGGUCUCUUCUUCGACGGGACGUCUUGCCAGGCUGAUGAAACCCGGUGCUGUUACUGCCUCCCGUAUUGUUACACAACUGACUUCAACAGCCUUAUAGCUGACCCGCAGGACUGCCGCAAGUACUACUUCUGCGGAAGUACUCCGGGAGUGAGCACCCAGUACGGCAUGUGUCCCACCGGGGAGAACUUUGACUCCGACAAUGAAGUAUGUUCCGCCUUGGUCCCGUGCAGCACAAAAGCAGCUUGCCGGAACGUGGUGGGCGCCGACGGCUGCAUCGACCCGUUUACUUGCCAGCAGACGGGCUACUUCGCCAAGUGCCCUAACCAGUGCACGCCUGACUACUACCACUGCACGGCGGCGACCGGAGACUUCCAAGACGUCAUUUCAUGCAGCGGCGACGAAGUCUUCCACCCCGACAACCACAUCUGUGUCAACGCAGACCAAUGUCUUUAGGCGUCCGUCCCGCCGCUCCCCCGGGUGUCAACCAAGGAUUCUAGAGUAUAAGGAUACGCGAUCUAAUGUGGUGGGACUUGAGAGAAACUAAAGGGUGGAAAUGCUUGAUUGCCAACUUCCAGCGCUGCACCGAGGCGACCAGCCAGUAUCGGGGCCGCCAGAGGUAGGGAGGAGGAUGCUUCCGCGCUCUCGUUUCGAACUACCAUGUCAAAGAAUAAGCAAAAUAAAAAUAAUGGGUGAA